AGUGUCGCUGAAAGCUCGCGUCGCGCCGCGAAGCCUCCGCCAGCGUAGCGGCGGCAUCGCGCGAGCGCCCGCCUCGCGUCAGUGCCGGCCCGGCCGCGCCAACGACACCACGCUCUCCAACGACCCGUGCACUAUUUACCACACCUGCUGCUGCUGCGCUGCUGCUGGACAGUGACACACACUUUGCAUAUCACGCUGAAACCCACCCCAGUGAACGCGAACGUUUGCAUACACGCGCGGAGACGGGAGCCGGCAGAUGGAUCGGCGGCGUGCAGCGGGGGCGCUGCUCGCGUUGGCCGCGUAUAUCGCGACUACAACUGCGGCACCUACAGCAUCCGGCAAUCACACAGCUUUAGAUUUAUAUGACGGUCACACAGAAGGCUGCUACUAUAACUUCAGGCAUUAUGCUGAGGGAGACCGUAUCAUGACGAACGAGCCCUGUCUGAACUGCACUUGCCACAACCGAAUGCUCAUGUGCUAUCUUAGGGUGUGCCCCUUCACCAAAGCCAUUGGUCAGGACUGCACAGUAGAGAAGCGAGCUGACCAGUGCUGCCCCAUCGUCACAUGUCCAGACGUUCCAGUUGACCUCCUCACGUCAACAUCGACCUCGUCUCCAGCCGAGUACGGUAGCACAGGUGUUGGCAAAGUGGAUAAUUAUGGAUGCACGAUCAAUGGUAGAUACUUACCUGAGGGAGCGAAGGUGCCGCAGACACCUGGCAAGCCUUGUGAACACUGCUACUGCAUUCGAAAUAUGACGACUUGCGUGAUGCAAGAAUGUACUCUUCAUGUCGACGGUUGCACUCCGAUUUACGCCAAAGAUGUCUGCUGCCCGAUUAGAUAUUUCUGUGAUCACCCUGAUGAAGAAAUGCCUGCUUUGGACGAUAUGACGACAACAGUGCGGCCGACACCGGGUUUCCUUCUUACAACUACUGCUACUGAGGAACCGACAACUAUGCCCGCUAAGAGAGACUGCAUUGAAGAUGAUCAAUUGUAUCCGGAUGGGGCUCUCAUAAAAACCGAAAAACCAUGUCAACAUUGCUACUGUAUGAAGGGUGACAUAGUUUGUGUCGUGCAAGAAUGUGGAACACCAAUGGAAAAUGAAGGAAAGAACUGUACAUCGUUACCUCCACGUGAAGGCCAAUGUUGUCCAGACACUUACAUUUGUGAAGGCGAUGAAAUGACAACGAAGGAGCCGUUCGAAGAAAUCACCACGAUUCCUCCAAGAAGGGCAGGCGUAGAAGGCAGUGGGUAUAGACAUGAUGAUGAUUUACCGUAUACUGAGGUACCAACAUUUGAAAUAGAAGGAAGCGGCGAAGAAGAUAUUUCUACUAGAAAACCUGUGCCAUCCUGUAUAGGAGAUUUGUGUGUUCCUACUAGCGAAAUGCUAGAACCUGAGACAGAAACUACGGAGGCAAACAUCCCACAGAGUCUAAGCACUACGAGUAUUCCAAUAUUACAAGAUAUUGACCAGGAAACUACUGAACCGGAUAAGGGGCUCAAUACCGUACCUAGCGAUGACAAAAUAACUGAACCUUCUUAUGUUGAAAAAACUACACCUAGCGAAGAUACCAAAGUCACAGAACUACCUACAGUACUAAGCCAAGGCGAAGAUCAAUCAAUAGAUUCUUUAACUGAAGGUAAAACUACUAGUCAUGAUGUAAAGGUCACUGAAUCUACUUUAGUUGAGGAUAGUUCAAUUCCUGGAGAUAACAAAGACGAAGGUCCAAAGCCGCCCUUCGAAGAACCUACGGUGCAAUAUGCAGAGGAAUCCACGAAACUUCCAUACAUUGAGCCAGAAAUAGUAACCAGUGAAGGUCCAGUUGAAGUAACUACCGAAUCUAUAAAAAAAGACGAAACUAAAUCAACAUAUGAAGAGAAGACAACAGAACCAUCUUUAGUAGACGUAAAGGAUUCAACAUUAAGUAAUGUUAUUACUGAACAAAGUUCCCAACCAACAUUUGAAGAAGAAUCAAAGACCACAGGAUUGCCUGUUACAAAAGGAACUGAACCAAGUGAAAGUUCUGAAAUAACUACAGAACAAGUUACUGUUUUAAGAGAAGGUUCAACAGAGCCAACUAUGACAGCUGAAGAAACUACGCCAGCUAGAACGGAUCUAGAGGAGAGCCCUGAACCGCAGGCGACCAAGGCUCCUGAUGAUGAACAGUACAUUACUCCAAGUAAGGUUUCAGAUGGAAGUACAGAAUCACCUGUAGUAGUAACAGCAAAACCACAAAAAGAAUUAGAGAUUACUACAAGUAAGGUUUUAGAUGAAAGUACAGAAUCAGCAGCUGAAGUAACAACGCCAAGAGAAAAAUUGGAUGUUACAGACUUACUAACAGAUACAGAAGAACCUUUUGCUAGUACUGGUAAAGAAAAGAUAUCAACCACUGAACCCGUAUUUAAAGAAGAUGCUAUUACUACCGAAGCCACAGUACAAAAGGAAACGGAAGUCGUUGCAGUUGCAAUCACAUCCGAGUCUCCCGCAAGUGUAGAAACAGUUUCACCAAUUCUGGAUCACGAAACAGUACCUACUACUGGAAAACUUCCGGAACAGCAAGAUCUUGAAGAACCAUCACCAUCAAAGGAAUCGACAACAGAAUCUAUUAUGUUGGAGCUUUCUACUUUUGCUCAUGUAACUGAAAAAGAAACUCCUACAACGCCUGCAACUGAAACGGUGGACGUUUCUAAAACCACAACGCUUAAUCCAGAAGAAAACGAAAUAGGUGAAGAAUUACCUCACUUACCGUCACCUGAUCAAAUACCAGGUGAAGGUGACUGUCUUCUCAAUGGUAUUACAUAUAGCAAUAACAGCGUUGUACCAAGUACCAACAAAUGCCAUUCUGGUUGUAAAUGUUUCAGCAGUAUUGUUAAAUGUGACCCGAUAAUGUGUAGUCCACCACCGGAUUACAUGGAUAAUUGUCAAGUUACAUACGAUACUCCAGAUUCGUGUUGUCCAACGUAUGUGUGCGAUCAUUCAAAAGAAACAAUACCUCCCCAGCCUCAUAGUCAAAUGUCUGGAACAGAAAGUCCAACUAUUGCAUCGGAAAUUGAAUGCCACGGUAAUGAAUGUAAGAUUAGCGAAGAAAAACAACCACCUACAGCCCCUACAAAAAUACCAGAAAGAUGUGGCUCUGAUGGGUGUACCGCUGUUGAACAACCUGCACAAAUUCCUACAGUAGAACAACCCGAACAAUGCAGUGGUGACAAUUGUGCCUAUCCUGCAACAACUUGCACUGAUGAAAAAUGUGAGGUACCGCCUACCAAAGAGCAACCUCAAUCAUGUGAAUCUCCAGAACAAUGCAAAGGAAUUAAAGUUCCAGAAAGUCAAAUUGUUCCUUGUGAUGGUGAAUCAUGUGCGGUUGACAAAGUGGAAACUCAGCCAUGUGUAGGCGAAGAUUGUGAAGGGAAGCCUGUGGAGGUUGUACCACAAGUAUGCGUCAAUGAGGAAGAAUGUAAAGAAUCCAAAGUUCCUGAAAUUGAUUCUCCUCCUUGUGAAGGUGAAUCAUGUAUCUUGGAGAAUAAAUUGUGUACAGAACAAGGCGAUUGUGGUCAACCUCAACAAAUACCGUGCGAAGGAGAACAUUGUCAACAAAAGCCAGCAGUGCCUUCUAAAGAUGAAAAGAUACCUGAGGCACCUAUGCCACCUUGUGAAGGAGAUUUGUGUGUUCCUACUUCUGGUGACUGUGCUGACGGUAAAUGUACCGAGGUUACUGUGCAACCACAAACAAGCGUACAGGAUGAAGUAUGCUCUGAUGAAAGCGGGUGCAAGAAGCCCGAUGACGAAACAUGCUACGAUGAAAGUUGCAGGCGACAUGAACCAACGGAUGAACAGCCACCUUCUGAAUGCGAAGGAUCUAACUGUGUGCAAUCGGUGCCAGUUGUACCUAGUGAUGAAACGACACCAAUGUUUGUUAAGGAACCUGUCACAGAAGAAGAUCAUGGGGUACCCACGGAAUUACCCGAGUCCCAGACUGUAUCUGACGUAGAAGUUACAAAAAUAGCUGAGAGAGACGACGUUACACCAGGUCCAGAAGAACUAUUAACAAGCGUACCUAAAGUAACUGAUCUUGCAACAGAACAACCAGAACCUCAAAUAUCUGAAGAAGAACAGAAAUUACCUGAGCCAACUACGGACGGAUCUGGCAUAGAACAAGAAAUGGCCGAAAUACCCACUGAAAAAUACCCUGAACCAAGCGUUACCGGUGCUCCUGGUGUGGAAUUUGUGACGGACGAAAUACAAAAGGAAACAGUUACACCUGCAUCCGAAUACAUUGAUAAAGAUCACACAGAAUUACCAAUAUCUGCAACGAGUACUAUUAAAGACGAAAUUUCACAAGAGCACGUAACACAUGCUUUAGAACAAGAAACUAGCACCAAUUUGCCAGAAAUUUCAGAAACAACUGUUGCAAGUGACGACACACGACGUCAUGAAGAACCUGAACUGUCUGUUACAAGUACGCCAGCAGAUAAUGAGAUACGUACCGGACAACCUGAACAACCGCAGGAUGAAAUUCGCACUGAGUUGCCAGAAUCACCAGCUACAAGCGCGCCGCAAGAUGAAACUCCCACUGAAUUACCAAAACCUGUAACUAGUAUGCCACAUGAUGAAGUUCGCACAGAGUCGUCAGAACCUGUAACUAGUACGCCACACGAUGACACUCAUGCCGAAUUACCAGAAUCUUCUGUAACAAAUGUACCACAAGACGAAACUAAGACUGUAUUACCAGAGUCUGCUACAAUGGAACCACAAACUGAAACUGCAAGUGAAUUAUCAGAGCCUGUUACAACGGUUCCCCACGGGGAAAUCCAAACGGAGUCAACAGAAAUUCCAGUAACAGAUGUAUCUAAAAUACCAGAAUUGCCUGUUACAAACGUUCCUCAAGAUGAGACUCCCACCGAGCAAGGACAUGAUGAAACACGUACUGAAUUACCUGAACCAACAAUUACAAGUGUACCACAAGAUGAAGCGCAUACUAUUCUUCCUGAAUCUUCUGAAACAAGUAAACCAGAAGAUGAAACUCACACAGAACCACAGCAAGAAAUGGAAACUGCAACUGGUUCACCACAAGAAGGAACUGAGGUGCCUGUAUCUGCCGCUACGAGUACACCAUUCAGUGAAAAACAAACUAAACUGCCAGAGUCACCUACUACAAGUGUAUCUCAAGAACAAAUUCCCACUGAACAACCAGAAUUGCCUGUUAUAGAUGUUCGUGAUGGAGCUUUAGAAACUAAAACAGAAGAGUCUCCAGCUACUAGUGAUGAAGCUCACAGCGAGCUUCCAGAAACUGAAAAGAUUCCAGAAGAAGAAAUAUCAAGCAUGUUGCCAGAGCAACCAGCAACAAGAGUUCCAGGAGACGAAUUAGAUACUGAGCAACCAGAGCCUUAUAAACCGAGUGCACCCCAGGAUGAUAAACCUACCUUGCUCCAUAAACCUGGAACAACUAUGCCACAGGAUGAAACUCAUACGGAAUCACCAGAAUCUCCCAUAACAAGCGCGGCUGAGGAGGAAAGACAAACUGAAACUCCAGAAUCUUCAGUCACAAGUAAAGCUCAAGACGAAACUAUUUCUGAGCUACCAGAGUCUCCAGUUACUAGCCCUCAGGACGUUACAACUGAAAUUGUGGUAAAAUCCACAGAACCCGAAACGGAAAACAUACCAGAAUCACCUGAAGUGACAAAAGCGCCACCAACGGAAACAGAUACGGAAAUGCUAACUACAAAGGCACCUAAAACAGAGGCUGAAGAACCAGUGACUUCAGAUAGUGAACACCAAGGGCAACCAGAGUCACCUGACGAGCUUACUACACAAGUACCAAAACAAGUGAAGCCCAAAGAGGAGAUUGAUAUCUCUACUAUGUCUGACUUGGCUUCUAUUCCAGAAUCAACAGAAUCACCUGAGCCCCAGGUAACAUCAGCACCUGAACAUGAAACAAUAGCUACAGAACAAACUCCUCAGCAACCAGAGCAAGAGACUCAAAACAAAGAACCGUCGUCACCAGCUAUUCAAGAUGAAUAUAUCACUUCUGUCCCAGUUUCAAUAACUGAUGAAGACCAAAUUCAAACUGAAUCUCCAUUAGCAAUGGUAACUAAGCUGCAAGCAGAAGCUACCACAUCUAAAUCGCAUAUUUCCGAACAUGAAGAGGCUCCUACUACUGAACAAGCAAUCAAAGAUCACGAAAAAACUGAAACACCAGAAACGGAGCCAUCUGAAACUCCAGAACCACAUGAAGAGUCAGAACAAUCCAUUACUGCGAAGCCUGUCCUCAGACAACCGGAAGUAAUCCCUACUGAAUCUCCACCACAAGAACAAGAGGUGGCAACGGAAAGUGAAAUGACUACUAAGGAACCACCUGCUAUAGAUAAGGAAUCAAGUACCGAAACGCCAGUGUCUUCUGUUUCAUCUACUACUGAACCAGAAGAGACCUCCGAAAAGGUUUCAGUUACAUUUAAAACUGAAGAACCUUAUGUACCAACUGUACCUUCUAUUCAGUCUGAAGAGAUUACGACUAAAGCUGCGGAAGAAUCACUUAUUACCGAAACCCCUGAAAAAGAAGUUCAAACUAUCGCACCCGAACCUAUUACUGCACAAGAGCCAGAACCACUCACGGAGAUUCCAGUAUCAACUGAAGAGGUUACUCGACCAUCAAAGAUAGAGGAAAAAAUAGAGGACAAAGAAACAACAUCUACUGACGUUGCUUCAGAAGCUCCAGGAAUACCACCUCUGGAUCGUACAACAGAAGCGCAAACACAGGAUCAAGAAAAAGAAACCGAAAGUCCUAAAACAAGUGCUCCUGAAAUCUUAACAGAAGAACCCGAACAAAUAGCUACCGAAAAGCCAGCUUACGAAACUACAAAGGCUCCUGCAUCGGAGCAAUCGAUUGAUACUAUGGUUCCAGAAGAACAAACUAAGUCACCUAUCACAACUCUACACUCACAUGAAAUAGAAGCAGAGCAUUCACAAGAACAGCCUACUAGGAAACCAGAAGUGUUAACAACUGAAGAAAGUAGCAUGAGUACACCACCCAUGAAGUAUGAUACGCAACAGGAAGAGCUACAAACAGACGUGCCAGUUUUAUUAACACCUGUUGAAGAGGAAUCAAGUUCAAGAGAACCUGAGUCGUCUGUAACAGACAUUAAAACAACUGAGACUAUACCUGCAGAAGAAACAGUGCCACCUUCAGAAAUAAGCACUAAAUCACCAAUAUCAGAAAGUCCUGAAGAUGUCACAAAAUUGUCUGAACAACCACAAACAUUUUCGCCCGAACAGGAGGUCUCUGAAACUACUCCAUAUUUGGUAGAAUUAGAAGAACAUACACACAAAAUUGAUGAAGAACUAUCAUCUGCCGCACCAUCAGAAGAGCCUACCACCUCUCGAACUGAGCUUCAUGAUACUGAGGUACCUGAAAUUGGUACAGAAGCUUCACCAAGCGAUGAAAUACUAACCCAAGCCCCACCGAUGGCCACUGAAGCGCUUUCUCUUGAGGAAGAAGGUUUGAUUCCUUCUAAACCCGAAACACCUGAAGAUACUCCAGAGGAAGUCACGAAAACGCCUGAAGAAGCGACUACUUCUUUAAUUGACAAAGUCGGCUAUGAAGAAGCUGGGUUGAUAACGAGAACUCAAGAAAAGGAACAAUCCACACCAGUCACUCCUACAGAAACAGAAAGACCAUUUAUUCCAGAAGAUACCUCAGUACCAGAAAAAGACAUCACAACUAAGCCGAUCGAAGUCGGAGUGGAAACUACCGCCCCUGAAGAAGAAUUUAUACCUGCUUCUACAAAAGCUACUACAAUUAAAAUUGAAACCGAGCCGACGACGCAAUCUCCGCUAUUCGAUAAAUUUACGAAACCUGAAGAGAAACCCAGUGAAGUUCCAGCUCCUGAACCAGAAGCACCAAGUGAAUUGCAGCCUACUGACGAAGUACCCUCACCAGAAGAUGAAAGUCACUUUCCACCAAGCGGUGGUUAUGGACAAGAACCCGAUUAUGGCGAAGAAGAUCAAGCGUUUGGACCAGGAACUUGUCGCUAUGGAGGAAAAGUUUACGUUUCGGCUCAACAAAUACCUAGAGACGAUCCUUGCGACUUUUGUUUCUGUUUCAGAAGCGAUAUCAUUUGUUUGCAACAGAGUUGUCCUCCUCCCAUACAUGGUUGCCAUGAAGAGCCUAUACAAGGAUUUUGUUGUCCGAGAUACGAGUGUCCUGUGGCGAUGGCAACUACACUCAAUGUCACAACGACCACUACGACCACAACGACUACCUUACCCCCACACUUCUUGCCCCAUGCCUACAAGGGCGCGGCGCAAAGAAGAGGCUGUCAAAUAAAGGGACACACAUAUAAAGUAGGAGAAGUAGUCCGAGCUUCAUCAGGACCAUGCCUUCAUUGCACAUGUGGAGGAGAUGGUCAAAUGAAAUGUGAUCCUAAAGCCUGUACACCGGAACCGAUGCUGAGGCAAAUGAUCGCAGCUGCCGUAUCUGCGAAGCGACGAAGGUGAAAUACUUAAGUGAAAUUGUCAUCUAAUUUGAUCCGUCAUCAUGAGGAUAAAGGACCUAAGUGAUAAUCUUCCAUCUACUCUAAAUGCACAAGAAAAAUGCUCAAAUUAUCCUGAUGGAGUAGUAUAAGAUUUCGUGUCAUAAUUUAUGUAGUUAUCGAUAUAUUUUCCCACUUUACAUAAAAUGUCGUGGCACGCACAACUCAAUAAUAAUGCAUCAAUUAUGACUGUGAUUAAAAUAUUAAAAUAACGAUUUCAUAUACCCUGAGUGUAACAACUUUUCAAAUUUCAUUUAUUAAGGCUAAUUUAUUAUUAUUUAUCUUUUUAACAAAAAGUCAGUGCCAAACGAUAGUGCUAAGUUGUAAACGACUAUGCCUUUAUGAUAAAGAAAGAUGUUCCAAAUUAUGAAGAUGUAUCUAAAUUAUUUGACCAAACGAAGACGCUCUUUAAAGUAGCGGAUGUUUUACGUACAAGCCACACUUCGUAGGUCAUUAAGAUCGCCGAAAUCUUGACCAUUUUACAUGUAAACUUAAUUGUUUUACCGAUAUAAGUUUAGUCAAUGUCUUUGUUUUUACACGAUGUUACAACAAACAGUCUAGUAUCGUGUAAAUAUAAAGUAACUUAUAAGAAUCCCUGAUGUUGUAAAUGCCUUACUUAAUUUGUAAUAAUUUAUAUAUUUUAGGUGUAUAGUACUUAAGCCAUGUUUUGAGACCAGUGACUAUUAUAAUUUAGAAGUAAACGAGGGCCCUGUGUUAGAAAAGGUUCGGUCGACGCGUUUGCGCCGCAGCGCGCCCGCCUUGGCCGGUGCUUUUCCCCUUUCAUGUCUUACAGAAAGCGACUCAAACACUUGUUUUCUCUAAUUCAUGAAUAAUUUUUACUAGCACUUUUUAGUGAUAGCUAGUGGCCAAGUUUCAUCGUUUUGUAAAGAACUUUUACAAUAUGACGUAUUGACGAAAGCAUAUUGUAGGAUCUUUUGUAACUUUUGAUAUUAAAGUGCUGGUAGAUCUAUACAUGUAGCAGCGCGAGGUGGGUACGGAAGCUGGACACACUCUUGUGGUCGUUUAUCGAACAGGAUUAGUAGUUACUUAUAACAAACGACUGCAUUAAUUCGUACCCACCUCCGGCUGUCUUUGCAAGGUUGUAGUUAUAUCUCUUCUUAUUUAUUUAAAGUUGUAGCAAUAGUAUAAAUUGGUUUUAAUCAUGAUGAUGACAGAAAUCGAAAUGAAAAUUGAACGUCAAAUUAUUGAAGUCCACUAAUUCAUUUAAAAUAAAAUUAAUUUACUGAAUAGCUGUCAUCUAGCUGUCUGUGCAACUGUGCAAAUCA